AUGGCAACUAAAAGCAUUUCACGUUGCAAGAUUUUACUUAUUGGCGAUUCCGGUGUUGGUAAAACAUCUCUUUUAAAUCAGUUCAGUGAUCAUACAUUUAGUGAAACUUUCAUUCCCACUAUCGGGAUCGAUUUUAGAAGCCAAAUGAUCACCCAUGCUGAAAAAGAAAUUAAAUUACAAAUUUGGGAUACAGCUGGCCAAGAACGAUAUCGUAGUCUCACAGGUUCAUACUUUAAAGAUGCUCAUGCUGUCAUGAUAGUUUUUGAUGUUACUAAACAAGAAUCAUUUGAUAAUAUCAAGAUGUGGUUAGAAGAAAUCAAUACGAAUGCAACUACUGAUGUUAACAUAGUAUUAGUUGGCAAUAAAUGUGAUUUAGCAUCUGAGCGAGUCGUUGACUAUGCGAAAGCUAAAGAACUUGCUGAUUCAUUACAUAUUUCAUAUAUGGAAGCAUCCGCGAAAGACUCAAGUAAUGUCGAGCAGAUAUUUCAGAUGUUGACCACUGAAAUUCUUUCAAAUAAUGAGUCACCCACAGUACAGACCACAAAUGCGGAAGAAAAAUCUGCUACUAAACCAGUCGAAAACACGGCAACAAUUGAUUCGGAUUACGAUCUUCUGUUGAAAUUACUACUUAUCGGUGAUUCAGGCGUUGGCAAGUCAUCGUUAUUGAAGCGCUUUUCCGAUAAUAUUUUCACGGAAAGCUUCUUACCAACGAUUGGAGUUGAUUUCAAAAUUCGUACGUUAAAUCACAAUGGAAAAAACAUAAAAUUACAAAUUUGGGACACAGCAGGACAAGAAAGAUUUCGUACUAUCACAGCUUCUUAUUAUCGUGGUGCACAGGGUAUUAUCCUCGUUUUUGAUCUUACGGAUCUUGAAUCGUUCGACAAUAUCAAAAAAUGGCUAACAGAAAUUGAACGCAAUGGACAUGAAGAUGUCAAAAAGCUAUUAGUUGGUAAUAAAUGUGAUUUGACAGCUGAGAAAGUUGUUGAUUAUGGAAAAGCUAAAAAAUUCGCUGAUUCAUUACACAUUCCAUAUAUUGAAACAUCGGCAAAAGACUCGAAUAAUGUUGAACAAACAUUCAAAGACAUGAUUGAUCCGAUCAUGGCGAGUAUGUUAUCAUCUAAAUCAAAAAAUACCAAUAUCAAUGUGAGUGCCAAAGAAAAAUCAUCGAAAAACUCAAGUAGUAGUUUUUGUUAA